AUGGACGUCAACGAGCUCAUUGGCGCGGUCUCGAGUGAGGCCAACGAAGAGUACGAGCCGGAUGACACGCACUCACACGCGGCGAGCAGGACAUGGACACUGGGCGGAUGUGCUUCGGGAUCACUGGCAUCCUCGUCACUGACCCCUGCACGAUAUGCACAAGCCUGGCACGCAUAUACGCUCUACGGCCGUGUUCACCCCUGGGACGACGUCGUCGUUCUUCUCCACAUCGAGGUCCCACCAGCGGACGGCGGCGGCGCCCUUUCCACCGUUUUUUGCAGGUACGUCGUCAGCGAGCGCACGCUCAUCGGCGCCUGGCAGCAGGCGACCGCGAGCACGCACGCGGCCCCGCUUGAGGACACGUUCAUCAUCUUCAAGGUCGACCGCCCGCAUGCUGCUGCUCCUGGUGCGGGGGUGCGCCUCCAGCGCACGCGCGUCCACCGCCGUCAUGUCCGCGAGCACGAGCGCGAACACCUCCAUGGUUGUGCCUCUUCGCAGUGUGCAUGUACGACCUCCUGUUGCACGAAGUUCAUCACGAAGCACCCGUCGCUGCUCAUGACGCUCUUUGUGGGGGACUUCAUGUCUCGGGCUGCUACUCACACUACAAGUACACGCACGCACUUCUACGACCAGACGAUCUUCGAGCAGACAGAGCCGAAGAUCUACUUCUCUUCCCGGUCUCGUCUCGAAUGUGCUGUUCACCUCUCGUAUCGCGCAUCUGGUACCUGGACCGGAGCAGAGCGAACGCACUCGCGGCAGGCGCGACACGCGCCGGCGGGCUCCGGCCCGUGCUGGGACUCUACCGUCAACUCUUUUCGAACCUGUACACAAUUGCGCGCGAGCCCGAACGUGCAGGGAGCCGGGUGGGGGCAGAAGCGCCAGUGA